GAGACUCAUGAUAGAGAAAAUAUCAUUUACGAGCUCACAAUAAUUAUUCCUUCAAUAUUUAUCCUUUCUUGUCCCAUGGAGCGUUCAAAAUUUAUCCUUUAGGAGGUGUGGGUGAGUCAUGGCUGUCAAAUUGGUGCCCUUCAUCCUAUUGUUACCAUGGCUCAUCAAAGCAUCAUCACCAACAUCAUCCUCUAUGGCAAAGCCUGGAUGUCCAGACAGGUGUGGAAACGUUACAAUUCCAUACCCAUUUGGAAUUGGAGCAGGCUGUUACAUGGAUCCAGGGUUUGAAGUAUUCUGCAACGAAUCUUCUCUCCCUCAUAAACCUUACAUACGUAGCAUCAACCUGGAACUGCUAGAAGUUUCACUGAAUGGCACUGUUCGUGUCAACAAUCCUGUGCUCUCUUCUAAUUGUCAGGACAAAGCUCCUACUGCAGACGUAAGCUUAUCAGGCAGCCCCUUUUGGUUUUCACGUGCUCGCAACAUGUUCACAGCCCUGGGAUGUGACAAUCUUGCCUUGAUUUACGGGCAAGACAUGCUUAUUGGUGGUUGCCUGUCAAUUUGCAAUGUAACUUUCAAGGAAAGAAGCUGCAAUGGCAUAAAUUGUUGUCAGAUCACAAUCCCACCUUACCUCAAGUUCAUUAAUGCAACGUUUAGAAGUAUCUCUGCUUCUCAGGAUCAUGAGGAAUGCAGGGUUGGCUUUAUGGUUGACGAAGAAUGGUUCAAUUCCAGUUUGAUAGAUGGAUAUAGUGUCUUGGAUUAUGUUCCGGUUGUGUUGUGGUGGGGGAUGAGUAACGGGACUUGCAGAGAUUCGCCUCAAAGAAACUCUACUGGGGGAAAUUCAACCGGUCUCUGUGGUACCAGUGCUUCCUGUUCGAAUAAAACUGGCAUAUAUUACAUAUGUUCUUGCGAUGAGGGCUAUGAAGGAAAUCCAUACCUUUCUUGUCAAGGAAGCUACAAUUGUACAUGCCCUGAUGGUUAUUUUUCUGUGGGAAAAUACUGCCAACCACUGGGCGACCAUGUCUAUCCCAAAGUAACGGUGAUCAUUAUUGGUAUAAGUUCUGGUCUUGGGCUACUUUUCCUGAUAGUUGGCUCAUGGUGGCUACACAAGGUAUUAAAAAGGCGAAAAGAUUUCAAUCGCAGGCAAAAGUUCUUUAGAAGGAACGGUGGUCUACUUCUGGAACAACAACUAUCUUCGUCUGAAAGUAGUGUCGAAAAAACAAUGUUUACCUCGAAGGAGCUAGACAAGGCUACAGACCAUUAUAACGAGAAUCGAAUCCUUGGCCAAGGAGGCCAAGGCACAGUAUAUAAAGGGAUGUUGUCUGAUGGAAAGCUGGUUGCAAUUAAAAAAUCAAAACUAGUGGACGACAGUAAACUUGAGCAGUUUAUCAAUGAAGUGGUGAUUCUGUCACAGAUUAACCACAGAAAUGUUGUUAAGCUCCUAGGUUGUUGCUUGGAGACAGAAGUUCCUUUAUUAGUUUAUGAGUUCAUUCCUAAUGGAACACUCUUCCAACAUUUACAUGACCCUAAUGAAGAGUUUCCAAUUACAUGGGAAAUGCGUCUACGGAUUGCUGCCGAAGUUGCAGGUGCUCUGUCUUAUUUGCAUUCAGCAGCUUCCAUGCCUAUUUACCAUCGAGAUAUCAAGUCUUCAAACAUUCUCUUGGACAUCAAAUAUAGAGCAAAAGUUUCUGAUUUUGGCACCUCAAAAUCAAUUGCAAUUGAUCAAACACAUGUGACCACUCAAGUACAAGGGACUUUUGGAUAUUUGGAUCCUGAAUUCUUUCAAUCAAGUCAAUUCACAGAAAAGAGCGAUGUUUAUAGCUUUGGAGUAGUUCUUGUUGAGCUUUUAACUGGACAAAAGCCGAUUUCUUCGAUGCGAUCUGUUGAAGAGAGAAGUUUAGUAACAUAUUUCUUACUGUCAAUGGAGCAAAAUCGUUUGUUUGAAAUUCUUGAUGCACGAGUUCUUAAAGAAGGAGGGAAGGAAGAGAUUAUAGCAGUUGCUAAACUAGCAAAAAGGUGCUUGAACUUGAACGGAAAGAAGAGGCCUACAAUGAAAGCAAUUGUAAUGGAAUUGGAAGGAAUUAGAGCAUCACAUGGAACUUGUUCAAUCACUGAACAUGAUGAUGAGUAUGAAGAGAUUGAUUUUUCUCAGGGUGAUUACACUGCUCAAUGGGAUGUGGCUUCUUCUUCAACAGUGUCACUUGGAAAUAGUAGUGCACCUGUGACAUCAGAUGGGCAACCUUUACUUUCUAGUUCCUGAUGAUGAAAGGUAAGAUUGCAGGUAUGCCUUUGAUCCGUUGCUUGGACAUGUUUAUGUAUAAAUAUUUGAUUUUAUAGCAUUUAUAGUUGUCAUGUGGUGCCUUAGUUUUAUGAGUUUUAUGAGUUUUAUGUAUAAUUUGACUAAUCCAAUUGUAAGGCAGAGCCCUAUCUUCAGCCUAAGUAAUAUGUACAAUAUUUGAUAUUUUAUGUUAUAUUUUGCUUAAUUCCAAGAA